CAUAUAAUUAUUUUUGAGGCUUCUUUUUGAUAAGACCAAGAGUGUUCCCCUUAUUUAAACGCUUGACAAUUUGACUGCUCUUAAAUAACUAUUUAUGACAAACACUUUUCGCUACCAGCCCUGGUUAUGAUUGCUCUCAAUGAACACUCUUCGGCAGCAAAUCAACGUGAGUCAUUCCUUUGUUACUUGCUUUCUAGAUGACGCCAUCGAAAUACCGGCCGGAACACAUGAAUACAAAUUCUCAUGCCAGAUACCGUCCAAUGCGGCCACAUCGUUCGAAGGGGAACACGGGAAGGUCCGAUAUACGGUCCGUGCCGUACUCGAUAGGCCGUGGAAGUUCGACCAAGCUUGCACUAUUGCCUUCACAGUAUUGCAACCUUUGGAUCUCAAUCAUGAGUCGGAAAAGAUAGGUCAACCCAUGAAGCUCGAACGGUCCAAAAGCUUCUGGUUUUGGCCGUGCAUUUCCGGACCAAUGCACUUCUCGAUAGAACUUCCCGUAAGCGGAUACGUUUCCGGUCAGAAGAUUCCCAUCACGGUCAAUCUGAACAACGCCAGCAAUAUCCCAAUUCACGCCAUCCGAAGUAAACUCGUGCGCAAAGUGUGCUUCAUCAGUCAAACUCCGACUCGAAAGGCAAGGAACGAAGCUAAAACGGUGGCCAAAAUGGUCACAACCGUUACACGUGAUAAAUCCGACCAGUACACACAAGACUUGGUGAUCCCGGCCACCGCCCCGACCGGCAAAUGUUCCAUCAUAUCCGUGGAAUACGAACUCAAAGUUAAGGUCAAACUGGGCGGCUUCCGUUCGGAUCAAGAAAUGACCAUUCCAAUCACCAUCGGUACAGUUCCGUUCGGAAUGUCACCAAAGGUUGAACCUGUGAGCAAUAGCAGCCCUGGCUUUGGCUGGAGUGGCGGAAUGCCCAUGCCGUCAGGGGUUGCGACUCCGCUUUUGUCCAUGCCGGAAUUACCCAACACGCCAAGAUCCCCUCUGCCGUAUCCACCUGCCGCACCUCCUAUUGGAUUUUUACCCCCAACCUACCAGGAAGCCAUGAACCAGUCGGCGGUCAACGUGAACGACGGGGAACCGAAUGCGAUCGGAUUUCAGGCGUACAUUCCCCGGUACCCGGUGUACAAUUUCGGCUCUCCCCUUAGGAUGUAGAUUCUGAACAAAGUAUACUCGGCUAGGUUAGUUCUACGCGCAAAAAAAGUGCUGAAGUAUUAAAACGGACUCUCAUAUGUUAUUGAAUUUAAGAUUGCAGCACUCUUUUUUUUUCUUUGCUGUUAUAAUACCAGAAUAAAUUUGCAACAUUCGGAGUCGUUUACAGCUUCGAAUAUUAUCAGUUGACAUUAGGUGUAAUACUAACAAAUGCAUUUAUAUCUCAUAUGUAUAUU